GCCAGUGCGGCCGUCAGGCUCCGAAACCUCAGCAGCCCGCUUUCCUACUCCGGUGUGUUCACCCCAGGAUCAGCGCGUCGCACCGCAGAAGAAAGCCGCCUCCGCCGACACCAUGAUCUCCUUGUGCGCCCACUUGGUUCGGAACCAGCGCGUUCUCCUCGGCAGCCUCGCAGCGCGGCGCAGGUCGUGGAUCUGUCAAGCGGGAUUGCCUGCAGUCUCUCGGGGCAUCCAUGUGGACUCUCCCCCGGUCGUCCCAACGCUGACCACCAGCUACGCUCACGGUACAUCCUCCACCUCUCUGCUGGACAGCACUGUGGGCGAGACGCUGCAGAGGACCACGGACCUGUGGCCCGACAGAGAAGCCGUGGUCUUUGUCCAGGAUGGCAUCAGAAAGACGUUUGCUCAAUUCCAGGAGGAUGUGGACCGGGCUGCAGCGGGGUUGCUGGCUGUGGGACUCCAGAAGGGAGACCGCCUUGGCAUUUGGGGUCCGAACAUCUACGAGUGGGUUCUGUUUCAGUUUGCGACAGCCAAAGCUGGAAUCAUCCAGGUGUCGGUGAACCCGGCCUACCAGAUGAAUGAGGUGGAGUAUGCAUUGAAGAAGGUGGGUUGUAAGGCCAUCAUCUGUCCAGAGGAGUUCAAGACCCAGAAGUACUGUGACAUGCUGACCCAACUCUGUCCAGAGAUUCUGAGCAGCAGACCUGGAGACCUGAGGAGUGCCAGGCUUCCUGAUCUUCGCUCUGUGAUCGUUGUGGACGGACGUCGGGCUGGAAUGUUUCACCUGGAUGAUGUGAUGCAGGCGGGUGACAGCGCUCACAUGCGGCAGCUGCAGGAGCUGCAGAAGAAGCUCUGCUGUGAUGACCCCAUCAACAUCCAGUUCACCUCGGGAACCACUGGGUAUCCAAAAGGUGCCACACUGUCUCAUCACAACAUCGUGAACAACGCAUACUUUGUAGGGAGACGCUUGGGGUACCACUGGAGGCCUCCUGUUCGCCUCUGCCUGCCAGUGCCUUUGUACCAUUGCUUCGGCUCGGUGGGAGGGGGGAUCUGCAUGGCCGUCCACGGAUUAACAUCGGUGUUUCCAUCACCGUCUUAUGAUGGGAAAGCCAACAUUGCAGCCAUAGAGAGUGAAAAAUGCUCGUUUGUGUACGGGACACCAACCAUGUACGUGGACAUGGUCAACCAGCCAGAUCUUCACAAGCGAGACUUGUCCUCGCUGACUGGAGGCGUCAUGGCUGGUUCUUCAUGUCCUCCAGAACUUCUGAAGCAGGUCGUCUCCACCAUGGGCAUCAAAGAGGUGGUGAUCGGAUAUGGAACCACUGAGAACAGUCCAGUCACCUUCUGUGGCGCUCCCAGCGACAACAUGGAGAGGAAGAGUGAGACCAUUGGCUACAUCAUGGAACAUCUGGAGGCUAAGAUCGUGGACCCGGACACCCAACUGGUAGUUCCUCUGGGCACCAAGGGUGAGAUCAUGAUCCGAGGCUACUGCGUCAUGUUGGAGUACUGGAACGACAAAGAGAAGACGGAUGAGUGCAUUGGCAAGGAUGGCUGGUACCACACGGGGGACAUUGGCAGGAUGGAUGCCCUGAGCUACUGCAAGAUCGAGGGCAGAAUGAAAGACAUGAUCAUCAGAGGAGGAGAAAACAUUUAUCCAGCUGAAAUCGAACAGUUUCUACACAAACACCCCAAAGUCAAGGAGGCGCAGGUGGUGGGAGUGAAGGACGCCAGGAUGGGAGAGGAAAUCUGUGCCUGUAUCAAACUAGUGGAUGGUCAAACCUGCAGUGUGGAGGAAAUGAAAGACUUCUGCAAGGGACAAAUCGCACACUUCAAGAUUCCUCGUUUCAUUCUGUUCGUCAACAGCUACCCGCUCACCGUCACCGGGAAGAUCCAGAAGAAUAAGUUACGUGAAGCAGUGGAGAAGCAGCUGAAACUGUAGGAGACACUCAGCAGAGGACAGCUCCAUCCGACUGAACGAGGCCAAAGAGAACUCAACGUGACCACUGAACUUUAUCAUACAAGCCAUAGAAACUUUUUUUUAUCACACACUGCAGCAGCCUUGACACGACCUUCUCCUAGGCACAUUCCACGCUGUGGUCAAAGUUCAACCUCCAACCAGUUAAGCGAUUCUAGACUUUGGAUCAGGGGUUGUAUUUUAUAUUGAAUUUUUGUAUUUACACAGCACUCGCUCAGCUCCAAAGGUCACUUUUAUUUCCCAGAGAGAUGUGCCUUAAACAAACUGUGAAAAGAUAUUUGCUUAGUACACUGUCACACUGGUUAUUCAUGUUGAGGUGUGAGCCUCAAAACACUCUUGUUGCAUGAGCAUUUGUUGUUGUCUGUCUAUGUCUGCCCUGUGAUGGACAGGCUCCUGUCCAGGGUGUCCCCUACCUGCGACCCUAUGUGGCUGGGCAAAGCUCCAGCAAACAUGCACCCCUGCUAAAGAAGUAUGUGGAAGAAAAUGAACGGAUGAACAAAUUUGUCGUAUUUUGGAGCGGCAUCGUGUUUUGUGUGACGUGUUUCUGAGCAAAAUAUCGAUGCCUGAAACUGUUGUUGUGCCGUUAUAUUUGUACACUGCCAUGUGAUUCCAUAUUUUUUGUGCCAAGAAGUCCAAACAUUAAACUGUCGGUUCAUGAAUCAUCUCAACUUCUGUCACGUACGGAGUAUAUUUUUGUCCUGCUGGAAUUUCCUCCGGUCUCUUUAUAUCGAGGGAAACAAACCAGCUAACGAGAAACAGACAUGGG